AAAACAACUCAUUCUAUUCAUCAUAGACUAGACAAUAACGACUACCUCAUAUAGACCACUACAAUGUCAGCUAAAUCGCCUGAUGGAAAGCCAAUUGAUGUCGCGGAGAACCGCCGACGCAUGGAAAACGGCGAGUACUACUACGCCUUCACUCCGGAUCUUCUCAAGGACCGAAAGCGCUGUACUAUUGCCAUGAAGAAGUUUAAUCGAACAGACCACCCUACUAGACGGGAGAUGAUCACAAUGUGGAAUGACAUCGUUGGUGACACUUCUGCCUUGCCCGAGCAGAAACCAGUGGAAGAAGAGGACGAUGCUCAGUUGGAGGAUUACCCAUGGGUGGAAGCUCCAGUCAGGAUGGACUUUGGCUAUAAUAUUAAGCUGGGCAAGAAUGUCUUCAUCAACGCCAACAGCACAUGGAUCGAUACCUGUACGAUCACCAUUGGCGACCGCGUCAUGUUUGGCCCUGGAGUAUCGCUCUACUCGGGAGGACAUCCUGUAGAUUACAGGGUGAGAAAUGGUAUUAGCGGACCUGAAUUUGGCGGCAAGAUCACUAUUGGUGAGGACUGCUGGAUUGGAGGCAAUGUGAUUAUCCUUCCGGGCAUCACUAUUGGACGCGGUACUACCAUUGGCGCAGGUAGUGUUGUCACGAAAGAUAUUCCGGAAGAGUGUGUGGCAGUCGGCAAUCCUUGCCGAGUGAUCAAGAAAAUCGAUACUAGCAAGCCGCCUAUGACGAUUUAAUGCUGGCGAAAACAUGAGGUACCACUUAAAAUAGAAAACGUUCGGUGUGAAGAAUAUGAUAUAUAGUAUCUGUAGACUCAUGAAGAAGUACUAUGAAUAGGUGAAUAGAGAUAUAAAAAGAGUAUGGUAGAUAUCAUGCCCAUCGUAAAAAGGUGAAAAAAUCAAAGAGUAGAGAUCUCGAACUGAGAAUGAUCCAGCAACGCCUCGCCACAUUGGUUACAAAAGAUAAGAUACAGCAUCUCCAGCCAUAUACCCCCUAUUGGAGACGUACGACUGUAGAUGGUCAUAGACGUUACAUGCGUCUAGAACUCGCCAUCGCCGCCACUUCCCACGGCGCUGGCGGUCCAGAGGCCAACAAGACCCCACCAGUUGACCUUCCAGCCUCUCCAGAGGCCUUCCAGGCCUUGCCCACGGCGCUCAAUUGGGAGCACCGAGCGAACCUUGGUCUUGCCCUUGCGCGAAGCAGGGCGCUGAGCAACUGUGCUUGUUCCCUCGACGGAUGAGAUGUGGUACAUGGUGCCAAAGACACCCUUGUAUUGUCCAAUGGGAACAAUGGUGUCCAACUUGGGCUCCUUCCCACCUAAAGCCCAGACGUACUCGGGGAGGGCUAGCACCGACAUCUGUCCGCGGCGCAAGACAGUCUCAAGUGGCAGCUUAAUCAGAAUGGCAGCCGACGAAGUCACAAACUUGGUGAUGGAAUGCGUAAGAGGCGAGGAUUGGCUAUCCAGUCGGAACUGCGUGCGGAGCAUGAGGGGUAUCGAUAGUGUCAAAACAGGGUUCACUAGAGAGUGCAGAACCGUUGGGAGGGCCAAAACCGAGUGGCAGACGUAGGAAGGCAAUGCUCUUAGUGUAGCUAGAGUGCGGCGCUGACCCUUGCUAGUCGGGGUCAUGAUGAGUCUUGUGCGCACCAGAUCCAGAGGGGCGAGGGCCAAGCCGGUGAUGACGGCAGCAGAUGCUGCCACAAAAAGCGAGGCCCAUGGGUACGGAGUGGCAAUAUCGAUUAAGCGGUCGAUAUCGUCCUUUACGCCAAGAUCGGGCACGUUGAAGACGGCGCUGAAGAAGCUUCGCGACCAGUUCUCCAGCAGUGACUGUAGGACAGUGUAGAGGAAUGUGGCGUUGGAGCCUUUCCAUACACCCCAUGCGCCGUCUCGCUGCCAGAGCUGGCUGAUGACUUCGAGGACAGAGUCUGGUCGCUUUAACUGCAGAAUGUGCUCGGACACUUGGGGUUUCUUGGGGAGGCGCGGCGAUAGCAUGGGUGGCGACAUGGGGGCUCUUCGGUUCGUCAAGGUUCGUGCAUUGUAGGUUGAUGUCGGCGUAUCGGGUCCGUUGUAUGUGAAGAAAGCCGACUCUUCGCCUUCUGAGUCGGAGCCAUCAUUCUAUAUUGAAAUAAUUAGUAAGGAAUUCCGCGUUUCCCAGUUCACUGUAUAAGACGUACAUCGCGAAUGGCCAGCCCAUGCUUCGCAAGCUGCGACUUGAAAGGGUCGUCGUCCACGCCGCCGAGGCCGGCUGUUGGGUCCUGAUCUCGAACUUGGAGGAUCAUCUUGGCCACCUCGAAAGGCUGGGCCAUGAUGACCGACGUGUACUUCCAAACCAGGUUGUUAAUGAGAUCGCGCGCACUCUGGCUGAUGGUGGGCACGUCGUCGCCGAUGUAGCUCUUGUAGUCCAGGUCGCUUAGCAGAUCGCGAGACUUGCCGCCGCCAUACUUGAUAACAGAGCUGCUGCCUGCACCGGCACGAGGCGCCUGGCUACCGAAAAUAUUGCUUGUCGGUUCGGAAACAUGGCCGGGACGGUCUCCGAUGGACGGGGGAAUGUAAUAUGGUCGCAGCGGAUUGACCCCGUCUCUGUGAUGCGUGGCCAUCCUGUUGGAUUCUGUAUGCGUGAUAAUUCAGAUAUUUCGUAGCACCAACGAUGCGCCGAACAAAAGAAUCAAAUCAUCGACGAUGCAACGCGGUACGUGAGUGAAGGAAGAGAAGGAAGCUCUUAGCUCGGGAGAUGAGGGC